CUGUCGGUCGGUGAGAAGCCACAAGCGUUACUCUCCCCAUUCCGUAGUAUUAUCUUUUGAGAAACCGUCUCCACACUAGCAGUCAUCAUGCGUGAGUGCAUCUCUAUCCACGUUGGUCAGGCUGGUGUGCAGAUCGGCAAUGCCUGCUGGGAACUCUAUUGUCUGGAACAUGGCAUCCAACCUGAUGGGCAGAUGCCCAGUGAUAAGACCAUUGGAGGAGGGGACGACUCCUUCAACACCUUUUUCAGUGAAACUGGAGCAGGAAAGCAUGUCCCCAGGGCUGUCUUUGUAGACUUGGAACCCACUGUCAUUGAUGAGGUGCGCACUGGCACAUACAGGCAGUUAUUUCACCCAGAGCAGUUAAUUACAGGGAAGGAAGAUGCUGCCAAUAAUUAUGCCCGUGGCCACUACACAAUUGGCAAGGAGAUCAUUGACCUGGUGCUGGACAGGAUCCGCAAACUGGCUGACCAGUGCACAGGUCUUCAGGGUUUCCUGGUAUUUCACAGCUUUGGAGGUGGCACUGGUUCUGGAUUCACCUCCCUGCUAAUGGAGCGUCUCUCUGUUGAUUAUGGAAAGAAGUCCAAGCUAGAAUUUGCCAUCUAUCCAGCUCCUCAGGUCUCAACAGCUGUUGUUGAACCCUACAACUCUAUCCUCACCACCCAUACCACCCUGGAGCACUCUGAUUGUGCUUUCAUGGUAGACAAUGAGGCCAUUUAUGAUAUCUGCCGCAGAAAUCUAGAUAUUGAACGCCCAUCUUACACCAACCUGAACAGGCUCAUUAGUCAGAUAGUGUCUUCUAUCACAGCCUCUCUAAGGUUUGAUGGAGCCCUGAAUGUUGAUCUCACAGAGUUCCAGACCAACUUGGUGCCCUAUCCCCGUAUUCACUUCCCUCUUGCCACUUAUGCCCCUGUCAUCUCUGCAGAGAAAGCUUAUCAUGAGCAGCUUACUGUAGCUGACAUUACAAACGCCUGCUUUGAGCCAGCUAACCAGAUGGUGAAAUGUGACCCUCGCCAUGGUAAAUAUAUGGCUUGUUGCCUGUUGUACCGUGGUGAUGUGGUACCUAAAGAUGUAAAUGCAGCUAUUGCCACCAUCAAGACAAAACGUACCAUCCAGUUUGUGGACUGGUGCCCAACUGGUUUCAAAGUUGGUAUCAAUUAUCAGCCCCCAACUGUGGUUCCAGGAGGAGACCUGGCCAAGGUGCAGCGUGCUGUGUGUAUGCUGAGCAAUACCACUGCAAUUGCUGAGGCCUGGGCUCGUCUGGACCACAAGUUUGAUCUCAUGUAUGCCAAGCGUGCCUUUGUGCACUGGUAUGUGGGUGAGGGUAUGGAAGAGGGUGAGUUCUCUGAGGCCCGUGAAGACAUGGCUGCCCUGGAGAAGGAUUAUGAAGAGGUUGGUGCAGAUAGUGCCGAUGCAGAAGAUGAAGGCGAAGAGUAUUAACUUUAAUCUGUUUCUCUUGCGUUGUGCCCUUUUUCUAUUGCUGAAUUUUCCCUUCUGAAGUCUAACUUUUUUUAAAUAAAGCGCCAUUUUAAAUGUGGCUUUAAAGUCUGAA